AACUUUAUUUCCUUCUUAAGAAUUGAACUUCUAUUGUUUAUGAUCAGAUGACUUCAUCAUGGCCCAUACAAUUUUCAGCCCUCCUCUGGAAGAAUUUUCUUUUAAAGGGUCGACAGAUAAUUGGUCUAGUCGUGGAAAUACUCUUGACAUUUCUAUUCUUUCAUUUGAUCUUGACUAUGCGCAGAAAUGCGCAAAGCCCACUUUUUAAUGCUUCUACUUUUAAUCCUGUUUCAUUCAAGCUACCCAAUUCCAUCACUGUUAUUCAACCUGAAUUUCAAAUCGUUUAUGUGCCUUCUAAUAGUGAAGUAGCAAAAAAUAUUACUGAGUGGGUGAAAAGAGAUUUAAAAGUCAAUUUCACAGUUCGUGGCUUUCCUUCAGAAAAAAAAUUUGAGGAUUAUGUUAACAGCCAAAAUUCUCCUCCUGUACUGGUUGCCAUUGUAUUUGAUCAUGAUUUCCAAAACAAAGACAGCUUGCCGCUUCAGGUAAAAUAUCAUCUACGUUUUAGUAAUUACACUUUUGACCGUAAUAGUUUACAAAGGUCAACCUGGAGUCGACAGUCAGCAAGUUGGGAUACAGCAUUUCUCUUUCCAGAAGUGCCUACGCUAGGGCCCAGGAACCCGAGAAGGAGCGAUGGAGGAAAUCCCGGGUACAUCAGGAGAGGGUUUCUGGCUGUGCAGCAUUCCGUAGAUAAAGCUAUCAUUUCAUAUCAUAGUGACAAUGCUGGAAUAAUCUUGGCUGGAUUGAACAUUUUUGCUAGAAGAUUUCCAUAUCCUGCCUAUCACCAUGAUAAUUUUAUGUGGGUUUUUAUAGGUUUAUUUCCUUGGAUUGUUGUAUUUGUGUUUUCUCACAAUGUACUUAGCAUUGUUGGGACCAUUGUGUCAGAAAAGGAAAGCCGCCUAAAGGAGUAUCAGCUCAUGAUAGGACUCAGUAAUAGUAUGCUUUGGGCUGCCUAUUUUGUCACGUACUUUAUCAUGUAUGGAAUUAUUAUCCUUUUGCUGUAUGGAGUUCUAUUUCUCAAGCUUGCUCAUGAGAGAGUCCUUCAGUACAGUGACCCCUCAGUCGUUGUUCUGUUUCUCCUGUGUUAUGUCACCAGCUUAAUAAUUUUUGCUUUUAUGAUUAGCACAUUCUUCACUAAUGCUUCUUUGGCUGUCGCUAUUACUGGUUUUUUCUAUUUUGUCAGCUUCUUUCCACAAGUAAUCAUUGUAGCUCAGUAUGCACAAAUGAGCUUCACUCAGAAGAUAACUUCCUGUCUGAUUGCAAAUAUUGCACUAGCUAUUUGGAUUGAUUUACUGUGCAAGUCGGAAAUGAAAAGGAUUGGAGUCCAGUGGGAUAACCUUUUUUCACCUGUGAUCCCAGGAGACACGUUCACUUUGGGCCAUGUGUUUAUAAUGCUUUUAGUUGAUGCUUGUUUGUAUGGCCUUGUGACCUGGUAUAUAGAAGCUGUCUUUCCGGGGGAGUAUGGUGUGCCCAAGAGAUGGUAUUUCUUUCUUCAGAAAUCUUACUGGUUUGGGCAUCCAACCUCAAAGAUAAAUGAAAAUAUUGAGCUUUCAGAUUUUGAGGAAAGUUACUAUUUUGAAGCUGAACCUGUUGGUUUGGUGGCUGGUAUCCAGAUCCAACAUUUGCGCAAGGAAUUCAAACUACCGAAUAAUACUACCUUUGUAGCUGUAAAAGACUUGACUUUGAAUUUUUAUGAGGACCAGAUCACAGUGCUUCUGGGACCCAAUGGAGCAGGAAAGACAACCACUUUAUCUAUUCUUACUGGUUUCUAUCUUCCUACCAGUGGAAAGAUCUACAUUAGUGGAUAUGACAUCUCAAAGGACAUGGUUCAUGUCAGGAAAAGUUUGGGCUUGUGCCCGCAGUAUGACCUGCUGUUUCCAAAUAUGACAGUAUCUGAACAUCUUGUUUUUUACUGUGCGAUAAAGGGAGUGCCUUCCAAGGGUCGUUCGGAAGAAAUGAACAAAAUGCUGGCUUCUUUUGGCCUGCUUCAGAAGCGUAAUGAACUUUCUAAGUCACUCAGUGGAGGCAUGAAGCGCAAGCUCUCUAUUAUGAUUGCCCUUAUAGGGGGCUCCAAGGUAGUGAUACUUGAUGAACCAACAACUGGCAUGGAUCCAGUCUCAAGGAGAAGCACAUGGGAUGUUCUCCAGCAGUAUAAAAAGGGUCGAACCAUGUUACUGACCACCCACUAUAUGGAUGAAGCAGACACCCUGGGUGACCGCAUAGCCAUCAUGGUCAAGGGGACUCUGCAGUGCUGUGGCUCGUCCAUUUUUCUGAAGAAAAGAUAUGGUGUGGGAUACCAUUUAGUCAUAGUGAAGAAUCCCAACUGUGAUGUUGAAAGAAUCUCUGUCUUGAUUUUUGAUUAUGUACCAACUGCCGCUUUAGAGAACGAUGUUGCAGCUGAAUUAUCAUUUCUGUUACCGAAAGAGUAUACGUACAGAUUUGAAGACAUGUUUGCUGAGCUGGAAGAACGCCAGGAAGAGCUGGGCAUCGCAGCAUUUGGUGUCUCUAUGACUACCUUAGAAGAAGUUUUCUUUGCGGUCAGUGAAAAGGCAGAGGGAAAGGAGAGUCUUCAAAACAGAUACCGUAACCAGAAUAUGAAUGCACCCAGAAACAUUCGGAGUACACGUCGUAGCACCUUGCGUCGGUCUAUUACCUCCAUGAAACUCAAUAGUGGGUGGAACCAUUUCCUCCAGCAGUGCCAUGCUAUGAUCUUAAAGAGGGCAUUGUACAAUUGGCGCAACUGGAAGGUGCUGCUGCUCCAGUUGGUGGGGCUUCUUGGUGCCAUUUAUUUUCAAAUGAGUGGUGUGGCCUUUGCAAGGCAGCAAGAGCCUGCCCUGAAAAUGGAUUUGGAACAAUAUGGUCAAACCAUCGUGCCUUACUCAGUUAAUUUCAACAAUGUGUUUGUUCAGAAUUUUAUCAAAAUCCUUGAAGAAACAUUGAAAGCUAAGAAACAAAAGUUGAAGGAAGUAAAAGGUGACCUUUUGGAAUACUUGUCAAAAGAUCAACAGUGCACAUACUCAUGCAUUGUUGCAUAUUCCGUGGAAGUUGUUGGAUUCAGAACCACCAUCACCUUUUGGUUCAACAAUGAGGCAUUCCACUCACCCUCAUUGUCCCUGGCGCUAUUAGACGAUACUAUUUUUAAGUCACUUUCUGGUUCUUCUGCUUCCAUUACAGUCUCCAACAAACCUCAGCCUCGGGGUACCAGUAAUACACCCAGAGAUAGAAGAACAUCAGGAAUCCAGAUAGCCCUUAAUUUGUUUUUUGGUAUGAGUAUUUUGGUCAGCGGUUUUUGCCUCCUGACAGUGAAUGAGAGAAUCAGUAAAGCAAAGCACAUCCAGUUUUUGAGUGGUGUCUAUGUGUUUAUUUUCUGGUUUUCUUCUCUGAUGUGGGAUUUUAUCAUCCUCUUUCUAGCUUGCUGUUUACUGCUGGUGGUGUUCUUACUCGCUGAGCUGGACUUAUUGAUCAAGAACUUCCGCUAUCUGGACACACUGUUUAUCUUUACAAUUUUUGCUUGGUCUGUUAUUCCCUUCUUAUACCUAACAUGCUUCUUGUUCAAUAGUAGCACCAGUGCCUACAUGAAGCUCUUCGUAUUCAACCAAUGCAUAGGAUUUUUUGGUGUGGUUAUGGAUUUUGUGCUAAGCAACAUGCAGGGUGUAAACACUGCUAUAAAAAGUGUCAUACUUAAUACACUCCUGCUGGUGCCCUUUUAUAACCUUGGGAUGAGCAUUUGCAAAUAUUAUGAUUUUCAAGAAGAAAAAGCAUUGUGUUCCUCCUCAGCAAACGUUCCUACCACUGCCCCGUGUGAAGAAUGUGAUCGCAAUGUAUAUAGUAUGAAUGACAAUACAAUUGGACGGUAUGUGAUUGCAAUGGCUGCCACAGGAUUUGCUUACUUUUUAUUAAUUCUCUUUCUGGAUACAUAUGCAUGGAGAUUGAAAACAUUUGUGUUUCAAUAUAUUUUCUUUGGUGUCUACAAAAAAUUUAAUAAGGAAACCGUGUCCAGGGAAUUAUCUGGAGAAUCUGAAGAUGAAGAUAUAGAAGAGGAAACAUACAGAGUUCUGAGCCAGCCCCUGAAAUUGCUGAAUGCCACAGUUGUUAUUAGGCAACUCAUAAAGAUCUAUUUUAAGAUUCCGGCAGUCCUGGCUGUGAGAAAUAUCUCCCUUGCUGUCCAAAAAAAGGAGUGCUUUGGGCUGCUGGGAUUGAAUGGAGCUGGGAAAACGACUACCUUCCAGAUUUUGACUGCAGAGGAUAUUGCUACCUCCGGGGAUGUGUUCGUUGAAGGCUUUAGCAUCACCAAAAAUAACAUGAAGAUAAGGUCAAAAAUAGGCUAUUGUCCACAGUUUGACGCCUUGCUGGAAUACAUGACUGCUCGAGAAAUAAUGACAAUGUAUGCCAGGUUGUGGGGUGUCAAAGAGAGCAUGAUUCCCACUUACGUGAACAAUUUUUUGAGAUUGCUGGAACUGGAAUCCCAUGCUGACAAGUAUAUCUAUACUUACAGUGGAGGAAACAAACGUAGAGUAAGCAAUGCCAUUGCUAUGAUGGGAAAACCCGCAAUAAUCUUCCUGGAUGAGCCAUCCACUGGCAUGGACCCAGUAGCCCGACGUCUCCUCUGGAAUGUGGUGACACAGACACGCGAAACUGGAAAAGCUGUCAUCAUAACCUCCCACAGCAUGGAAGAAUGUGAUGCUCUUUGUACUAGGCUGGCAAUCAUGGUGCAGGGAAAGUUUGUGUGCCUGGGAAGCCCUCAACACCUCAAGAAUAAAUUCGGCAAUGUUUACACUGUGAAUAUCAAAUUCAAGCCUGGUACAGAUGAGGAUACAGUAAAUGAAUUUAAAUCAUUUAUCGAGAGAGUUUUCCCAGGCAGCAAAUUGACACAAGAGAGUCAAGGAUUCCUUAAUUAUUACAUUCCCAGUAAGAAAAAUAGCUGGGGAAAGGUGUUUGGAGUUUUGGAGAAAGCUAAAGAGAAAUUCGAGCUAGAAGAUUAUUCCAUCAGUCAGAUAACCCUGGAACAAGUGUUCCUGAGCUUUGCUAAUUUAGCUACAACAGGUCGUCAGAAUAUUGAACCAUGAGUUUCAGCUACAGCCAGUUACCCUGUAUCUUUCACUGGCUAUACUUGGAUACACAGAGUGAAAUUGCUGUGUUUGUAUAUCUUGGUGUAAAUAGAUUUAAGUAAUAAAAAUUUUCCCCAGU